AUGGCUCCAGAACUUGUGUCGCCGUGGUCUUGUUGGGGUGGAGGGAUUCUUGAGUCGGAUCGAGCUCUUGACGCUGUGUCAGGCGAUUUGUCGCAGGAUCUUGGUGUUAACCUCAACUUCAUCGGGGACUCGGAACAUUUUGCAGGCAAUCCAGAAUGCACCCACGAUCCCAAAGCGCGCUCUGUGGAGGACACUAGACUCUAUCUCAACCAAGGCAACUUCGAUCGCGUCUUUCGCAAGUAUCAGAUGAAGACCGGCCGCAACGUCUUUCCUGAUGGUGAAAAUGGCGUCCGCCAGGUAGUCACAGGUCCGGAGGCCUGCUCUUUCUUAGUGGCCAAGGCUGUGAUGGUCGGUGCCAGAAUCCGCAACAAGCAGCUCGAAUGGCUCAAAGCGAACUACAAGAAGGCGGGUCUCUGCAAAGAGGGCAUCGAACAGAUGGAGAAGGCUUUGGCAGACUACCCUAAUGACGGCACUCCCUACCACCUCAUCGAGCCCGAUAGAACAGACCACGAUAUCUAUCACGCUUUCGAGGAAGCCCGAGCGAAGAUCAUGGGUGGCAACACACGCCUUGACUACCCGGCCCCACGAUAUUUCGAGAUAGACGUUCCAACUCAAGAUCCUCUGAAAGCAUCCAAGGUCAAGGAGAGACGUGCGAAAGGCGAGCCAACUUGGUUUCCCGGAGGUCCCGUGCUACGAGAGUGUGGCAAAUGUGGCGUCCUCCAUCAUCAUGUCGAGAAGCUCAGCGCAUGCUCGGCCUGCAAGAAGAUCCUCUACUGCGGUAAAGACUGCCAACGCGCUCAUUGGAAAGUGCACAAGAAGCAUUGCGCCAGCUUUGCAGCUGCUCCACCUCCACCUACCAUGGCUGAGAUCGAACGAUUCCGGUCCCCCAUGCUGAAGGCUGGUCACGAUCCGCUCGCUAAGCCAGGAACGGUCCUCUUCCCCCUGGUGGCGGAGUCUUUAUGA